AUGAAAGCGUAUGAAGAAGAGGAAAUUUUAGAAUUUUUAGAUUUGGUUCGUACUAGCAGAGCACGCGCAGCCUGGAUAAAACUUGAUAGUACAGCCCAACGCAUAAUUGUUACAUCGUUGGAUGAGAAACGAAUUUUGCAUAUUAUCAAUUGUGAAACAGCUAAAGAUAUGUGUAAACACCUGGAGUCUGUUUACGAGCAAAAAUCCGAGUGUACUAGUGUACAUAUGCUGCUGCAACAAUGCUAUAGUUACCAAAAGGAACCAGGUAAUGAUAUCGCUACCCAUAUCGUAAAGCUCGAGAAUCUUGCACAUCGGCUGCAAACUCUGGGUGAGAAAAUUCCAAACCAAAUGAUUAUUAGUAAAAUACUCAUGACAUUACCUCCGUCAUUCAAAUACUUUAUUAGUGCGUGGGAAUCAACUCAACCCAGCGAGAAAACUCUCACAAAUCUUAUUUCAAGAUUUACCAUUGAGGAAACAUGGACAGAAACCGAAGAAAGAGCAGAGAAUAUUGCUUUUAUUGCCAAUAAGAAAGCGAAGCAGAAACACCAAAUUGGAUGUAGAAAGCGAAAAGCAGCAACACCAAACGAAAAAUACACAGAAAAGAAAGGAGAAGCACUUAUUGGAGCAAUGUCUGCAAAAUAUAAUUUAGAAAUAUUCAGUGAUUCAUGGCACAUGGAUUCGAGUGCGGCUGAAAACAUGUCAAAUUGUCGCAAGAAGUUUUCUUCAGGAGAAAUCGAUGAGAUCAUCUACAUGCAGCAACCGAAGGAAUACAAAAAUGGAACUGAUCAUGUUUACAAGUUGAAUCGUAGUUUAUAUAGUCUAAAACAGACAAGAUGUUGGAAUCAUCGUUUUACAGCGGUAUUGAAGAAGCAUGAUCUCACGUUCACCAGUGCUGAUUUGCAUAUUUACAAAUGA